AGCGUCUUCCGGGUGGGACUGGGAAAUUGUGGCCGCGUGAUUAGUCACGAGCUCAGGCGCGCGCGCGGCCCGGAAGAGGUCUGAGGGCAGCCGGCGCGUGGCGAUGGGGUGCGGCGCGGGUCAGGCGCUCCGCUUCUCUCUCCUCGCCCCCCUUCUCCUGCUGCUAGCGCCGUCGCCUGUGCCCGUGCCCGUGCCCGUGUCCGGGGCGGCGGGCGUGGGUCCAGCUGCGCUGCCGCUAGUCGUCAACACCUGGGCGUUUAGGAAAGCAACGGAAACAGCGUGGUAUACCUUACAGUCAGGAGGCUCUGAGCUGGAUGCAGUAGAAAGAGGCUGCGGUCAGUGUGAGACUGAUCAGUGUGAUGGAAGUGUGGGGUUUGGAGGAAGUCCAGAUGAACAUGGAGAAACAACAUUAGAUGCUAUGAUUAUGGAUGGCAACACCAUGGAAGUUGGGGCAGUAGCAGAUCUCAGACGUAUAAAAAAUGCUAUUGGUGUAGCACGGAAAGUGAUUCAGCACACUAAACACACAUUAUUAGUGGGGGAGUCAGCCUCACUGUUUGCAGAAAGCAUGGGAUUUCCAUGUGAAGAUUUAACCACUCAGAAUUCUCUUUCAAUAUAUUUAAAGUGGCUUAAUCAAAGCUGUCAGCCAAACUACUGGAAGAAUGUAAUACCAGAUGCUUCAAAAUCCUGUGGACCAUACAAACAGGCUAAACAAUUAAAUAGUGAAGAACGGAUCAACUCACAGAAAAGAAUAAAUAUUCAUAAUCAUGAUACAAUUGGCAUGAUUGUAAUUGGUGGUUCCGGAAAUGUUGCAGUUGGGACAUCCACAAAUGGUGCAGUCCACAAAAUCCAGGGUCGUGUAGGGGACUCUCCAAUAGCUGGAGCUGGAGCCUAUGCUGAUAGUACAACUGGAGGAGCGGCAGCCACUGGAGAUGGUGAUAUCAUGAUGCGCUUUUUGCCCAGCUAUCAAGCAGUGGAGUAUAUGAGGACAGGAACAGAUCCAGUUACAGCUUGCCAGAAAGUUAUUUCCAGGAUCCAGAAGUACGCGCCAUACUUCUUUGGUGCUGUUAUCUGUGCCAACACAACUGGAAGUUUUGGUGCUGCCUGCAAUAAAGUUCCGGGAUUCACUCAGUUUCACUUCAUGGUUUAUAGUCCUUUGCUAAAUCAGCCAUCUGAGCAAGUAGUAGACUGCAUUUAAUUUUUUCUGUACCAACUGCAUUUACACUUAAAGACCAAGGAGGAAAAGAAGGCUGAAAAGGCUCACUGACUGCCAUUUUACAAAGUGUUUGCAGUUUCCUUUUGCACAGGUAUUUGAGGAAGAGUAAUGUAUGUGGAGAUAGUGCAUAUCACUCUCAUUUUUUGAAUGUAUUUUGUUUUAUUAACAUGUUACCAAUAUGUCCGUAAACUUGAUCUGUAGUUUCUCAAUCUAGCAAACUAAUUCAUUUAUUAAUCUGGCAGGUUAUUUCUAAAUUCUGGUGGGCAAGUUGGCUUCAUCUACAGGAUGAACAAAAUUGAUUUUUUUUAUUUUUUUUUUUUUUUUUUUUAGAUUCCAGGGUACUGUGUAGAGAUCCAAAAUAUCUACUGAUGAUAAAGUGGGAUUUCAAAAUACUCAACUGGUAUAUGUGGAUGACUAUAACUUAAAAUGGGAAAUGCCUUUUGGAACCAUUCUCAAAAAUAGAUGACAGUUUGCACGAUUGUUGUACCAAGAAGAACUGGAGAACAAUUUCAUGUCUGAAUGGAGAGCAAUGAAAUAAGCUUCUGCUUUUGUGGUGAUGCUUUAUCAUUCCAUGAUGAUCAGUCACAGUCAUGCAGUAUUACAUUGCAAAUGUAAUCCUGCAGUGUCAGGAAGUUGCUAUAUUUUGUGGCUUUUUGUGACUCGGAUACACUCCCUCCUUUCUUCCUUUAUCUCUGGGAACAAACGGAGAUGUUUCCUACUACCUUCCAAUCCCAAAGUGUUGGGUAGGAUCCCAGCAACUGACUCACUUUCAGAAAAUGGUUUCCAUACUGUGCUUCCCUUUUCACUUCCCAUGUUGUGCUCUGUCAGUGUGAGCGGUGCUUUUGUGAUCAGCAUUCCAUUGCUGCCUAAGCUCAGGUAAAGCACCCAUCAGAUGUACAGAUUCCGAGCCCACAGGUCAGUUCUAGAAGAACCGUGGGUGGGAUAAGACUGAUUUUUCUGUAUUAAGUGUUUCACUGGCCAUAAUUCAUUUUUGUAAAUCUCUUAAUUUUAACAGACCUUUUUGGCAACUGAACGCCAGAUUAAUAAAUUAGAGGUGUUAAGUAACAGUCAGCAUGGAUUUGUCAAGAACAAAUAGUGUCAAACCAACCUGAUAGUUUUCUUUGACAGGAUAACAAGCCUUGUGAAUAGGUGGGGAAGUGGUAGAUACGGUAUAUCUUGACUUUACUAAGGCUUUUGAUACUGUUUCAUAAACUAGCAAAAUACAACCUAGAUGGAGCUACUAUAAGGUGGGUGCAUAACUGGUAGGAAAAUCGUUCCCGGAGAGUAGCUAUCAGUAGUUCAGUCAUGCUGAAGGGCAUAACGAAUGGGCUCACGUAGGGAUCGGUUCUGGGUCUGGUUCUGUUCAAUAUUUUCAUCAAUUAUUUAGAUAAUGGUACAGAGUAAACUUAUAAAGUUUGCAGAUGAUACCAAGCUAGGAGGGGUUGUAAGUGCUUUGAAGGAUAGACUUAAAAUUUAAAAUGAUCUGGACAAACUGGAAAAAUGGUCUGAAGUAAAUAGAUGAAAUUCAAUAAGGACAAAUGCAAAGUACUCCACUUAGAAAGGAACAAUCAGUUGCACCCAUACAAAAUGGGGAAGGAGUACUGCGGCAAGGAAUCAUGGGGCAGGGGAUCAUAGUGGAUCACAAGCUAAAUAUGAGUCAGCAGUAACACUGUUGCAGAAAAAGCAAACAUCAUUCUGGGAUGUAUUAGCAGGAGUAUUGUAAGCAAGAGAAUUAAUUCUUUCACUCUAAUCUGUGCUGAUUAGGCCUCAACUGGAGAAUUCUAUCCAGAUCUGGGUGCCACAUUUCAGGAAAGAUGUGGACAAAUUUGAGAAAAUCCAGAGAGGAGCAACAAAAAUGAUUAAAGGUCUAGAAAACAUGACUUAUGAGUGAAGAUUGAAAAAACUGGGUUUGUUUAGUCUGGAGAAGAGAAGAAAACUGUUAUCCUGUCCCCUCUCAAGUCCAUAAAAGGUUGUUACAAGGAGGAGGGAGAAAAAUUGAUCUUCUUAACCUCUGAGGAGAGGACAAGAAACAAUGGGCUUAAAUUGCAGCAAGGGUGGUUUAGGCUGGACAUUAGGAAGAACUUCCUAACUGUCAGGGUAGUUAAACACUGAACUAAAUUGCCAAGGGAAGUUGUGGAAUCUCCAUCAUUGGGGAUUUUUAGAGCAGGUUGGACAAACACCUGUCAAGGAUGGUCUAGAUAGUACUUAGUCCUGCUUUGAGUGCAGGGGACUGAACUAGAUGACCUCUCGAGGUCCCUUCCAGUUCUGUGAUUCUAUGAAAUUCUUGGAACUGUAAUUCUGAUGCCUAAGUGUGGAAAUACAGUACUUUCUCCCUUGUUUCCUCACUAGUCAUUAUGUAAAAACUUAUACUGAUCUCUUGUCUGUGGUCUUUGGAUAUAGACAUUACUGCUUGAGAUGUAUAGAUUUGUUUUUCUUUAAAUUACUAAUCAUCAAUCAUCUGUCACAAUUUAGGAUGCACUACAAUAACGCAACUUAUAAAAAUACUUCUGUUUAUACUAGCAAAAAAAAAUUUAGCUUGGGGUUUUUUGGCUGCUAUUUAUUUGUUUGGUAAUAAACUGUACUGUUUUCUGUAAACUCUUCCUAGCCGCAAGCAGGCUGCCACUUCAAAUAUAUCACUCCUUUAGUAACUUGUUACUGUUCUUGUGGUGGCUUCAAUUUUUUUUUUUUUUUUUAAAUCAGUUUCUUCUCCCCGCUUUCUCAGGUUGUGAUAAUACCUUUACCCAUAGAUGGUGCUCAACUACUCCCAUUUGCACAAGGUUUUAAAUAUUUGUUGGUUCUUGUGGCAUCGGUUUUCUCCAUUUAAUUAGAAUUUUCCUAUCCCCAGCCUGCCACUUGUAUUGAAAAUUGAAUUAUGAAGUUGUCAGUUCUCUUUGUAGGAUGCUUAGUAAAGGGAAAUGCUUCCUGCUGCUCUGUGCGUGCCCUGUCCCCUGCCCUCCUCCACACACGUGCCCUUCGUAGGUUACACCUCUAAAGGAGCAAUUGCAUGUAUACAAUGGAAUUUAUCUUUAGAGAACAAAAUUAUUUGAGUACCUAGGACCUUGAGAAAGUGCCGUUUCUCAUUUCAUCCUCCUACAUAUCAUUUGCAGAUACCAAGUUUUAUUUAUAAUGUACUGCCAUAGAUUUUUGAAAAUCUGUUUUAAAGGAUCUUUGAUCUUCCUUCUAACUUGGCAGGCUUGCUGAUCAAUUGAUUAAAUCAAGAUCUUGAGAUUGAUAAGGAAAUUUUAAAAGCGAAAAAAGUUAAAAUGACCAAGUAGACAGAGCUAAUUAAAAUAUUUGUUAUAUGAACAAUACCACUGGAUAAUGCAAGCUUACUUUAAUGUAUCUUAAUAAUUAUUUUUUUGGUGUCCUUGAAAACUCUACAUUAAAAUGGUCGUUGCCUUAUGUUCUUAGUGUCUGUUUUUAAAAGCUGGAAAAGCUUCCAGACAAGAAUGGCUGUUUUUAAUGACAUGCUAUUAACUGUUCUGUUGAUGAAGUUCAAUUUGGAGGAUUCAUUUCCUUCACUAGCUGUUGAAUGUGGAUGAAAAGGUGCUUGUGGAAGGUUUUCAUGGGUUUGAAUUUAACUCUACUCAGAAUGCUUUUCCUCUGUAAAAGUGUCAAUUCUCUGUACAUCUUGUUAAUUUUUAUGCAAACAAGUAGUCAAAGGGCUAGAUAAACAAUAGGACAUAAGCAAGUAAGGCCAACAUUUAAGCACAACUUAGAUCCUGAAAAUCCCUGCUCAGCUGCUGCUUAACUUUGAAAGUACCUAAAUUCCCUAAGCGCCUAAGUUGCCACUAGUGGGCAUGCACAAAACCCUCAGUUCUGAUGAUACUGAGCUGUUUGGAGUUCUAGCUCAAGCCUAAGUCUCAGUGGAAUUCUCAGACAUGGUGUCCCUCCCCUGCCCCCCCCAUCUGUCUUGUGCGAUCCCGUGGGCAUGGGAUCCUGUGGGCACCUGUCUUGUGUGAUCCCUCAGAGCAUUAAGACUGUCCAGAAUAUGUGACAGCUCAGCUGUGAUGUGAGAAACUUGUCUUCAGAUCCCCACUCUGGUUGGUUGAUUUUGGAGCAGGGACUUCAACUUAGGUCUCCUAUAUCCCAUGUGAAUGACCUACACACUAGACUUUGGGGUAUUCUCCUGUUAGAACUGUUCCACGUUCUAUCAAUUAAAUAUUCCUUGGGCUGCCGAGGGGAGUUACUGUACAGCUCCCAAGAAGUAGGACUGAGCUAUUGGGGUUUGAGCUCAACAUAAUAGAGAACAAAGGAACGGAUAUAAAAUUGGGUUGGGAGGAAAAGAGGAGCAAUGCAAUGGGAACUCUACCAAUUUCUUCCCUUUUGAGGAGGCUUGAAUAUGCCAGGGAGCAUAUUCUGCUGAGCAUCUUGGGUUUGGCCCUCCUUGGCAGAAUUUUGCUGCCUCUCGGUGAGACAUAGAUACCAGUUAUGUGGGAUUGUUUGCGAUCUGGCGUGGCUGUAAUGCACUUCGGGGCCUGAAUAAUAUUGCUUCCAUUUUAAAUUAAACCUGUAACCUAAACAUAAUAAAAUUUAUACCAUUUAGGAACAAGUUAUUGUGAGUAUACAAGAACUUAGCCCUCUGAAGGGGGUGGGGGGUGUUAAAAAGUGUUUGUAAUCAUAUCUGUGGAGCUCCUAAUAAUGCCUCCAUAACAAGAAUGAGCUAUUUCUGAAACUCUGUCAUGAAAGAGUGAGGGUAUGACAUUUGGUGAUGAACUGUUGGCAAAAUAACUCCUGAGAUAACUAUAAUCCAAUCAUAGUUUGAUUAAAAGAAGGACAUAUGUUCAUAAAACAUUUCCCCAAUGAACGGGGAUCACUUUUCCAUAUGGAAUUGAGGGUCAUCAAAUCAAGAACGGUUAUAGUUCACUGUUAAUGUGUUCUUCCUGGGAAGAAUGUUAAAAUAUUAAAACAAAGGAUAUUAAUAGAGGCAGAAGACCAGAAUUGAAUUUUUUAUUACUGUUUCAAGACUAGAAAAAAUUUGUCAAAGUCUUUUGUACUGGUCUGCCACAAUGUUUCCAACCUUGGCGGUUCAUCAGCUAGUGAACCUUAAAGAGAGAGUCAGAAUGUCAUUUUAUCACUGUGGCUGCAACAGGGUUUGUGCAUCCACUAAUUGGAGAGCAUUAGACAGAUUCAUUCCACUCAAAGCUGGGAAUCCACAUAUAGGUCACAGAAACCAUUUGUUUCAUUGCUUUACCAGUUCUUAAAAUAACUGCUAAAAAUUAGAGAUAUUUAAAUGGGAAUGAAGGGGGAAAGUGAGAUGGUAAUUGUCAUGAUGUGAUGUCAUAGUUGUUGCUCAUCAGUUCUAAAUAAACGUUCUAUUACAGUAGUAUUGAAAAUGUCAUGUGCUAUAUGUACACGUAUGCACUAUGGAACUAAUAAGAGAUGUCUCGUAACCUUGAUGACAACUU